UAAUUUUUUCAUCGUUUUCAAAAAUCCCGCCGAACAUGAAUUCUCCCUCCAAUUUCUGCAAAAUUAUCACCAUUAAAACCAGCAACUAUCUAAAGUUUCAAUUUUUUUCGGGAAAUCGUUUAAGAAUUUCUUAAGAAGAAGCAGCAACGAUGUCAACUGAGAAUCAAGAUGACCUCGAUCUCCUUCUCUCUCUUCAAGAUCGUGUUAUUGAAACCCCUCCUUCUUCUCCGUCUUCUUCCCACCCCAGAUCCCUUGGGUAUCAAUCAGACGAUGAAGUGCGACGGCCAAGUGGAAAUGUGGACUUGUCUGCCUUCAAGACUGCUGUUGAGGAUUGUAUGGAUUAUGAUGUUGAAACUGCCACGAAGGCUUUCAAAUCAAAUCAAUCAAAGAAGCCAACUGAUCUUGAUGUUGAAAAAUUUUCUGGUCUUCGAAUCCGGAAUCAAGUGAUUUCGUCAGCAGAGCUGAGCAACCAGUUUUCGGAUAUUCGAUUUGUCCGAUUGUCUACCAUAAAGAAUGUGAUUAAAGGGGACACUCUAUCAGGUAGUUGGGCAACUGUUGGUGUUUUAACCGAAAAGGGAAGUCCGAAGACCAGCUCUACUGGGAAGAGCUAUAGCAUAUGGAAGAUUGGGUGUUUGGAUGGGCAGCUUGUAACUGUUUUCUUGUUUGGUGAUGCUUACAAGCAACACAGCAAAGAGACAGCUUCAACAGUUUUUGCCUUCUUCAAUGCCGGUGUUCGCAAAGAUUCUUCUGGUCCGGGUUUCCAAUUGAGUGUUUUUAAUACAAAUCAAAUCUUGAAGAUUGGUACUUCUAUUGAUUAUGGAGUUUGCAAAGGACGGAGGAAAGAUGGUGUGCGUUGUUCAAUUGUAGUAAACAAACGCCUUGGAAUAUACUGCAGCUUCCAUAGAGUGAAAACAUCAGAGAAAUAUACUGUUCAACGUGGUGAGCUCAAAGGAGGGAAUCUAAGAACGGCUUUCAGGAAUCCACGUCAACCAGAAGGAGUUUAUAUGUUUGAUCCAAUGGCAGACAAAGCGAAUAGAAAAAAGUCUAAAUCUUCAAAGGUGUUGUCUGUUGAUGGAUUAAAGAAAGCCUUGAGCAAUGCAGGUCACGUGACGACAAAUUCGCACUCCCAAGGGAUACGAUUUCUCAAUGAAAUUACAGUCAGUAUGAGUGCAAAAACAGCAAAAAGUGAAAAUGCUCAGAAAAACCAAGUGAAGGUUGGCUCAAUGAAAAGGUCACUGCCCACAUCAAUUUCAGGCUCAUCUGUCGCGCAAAAAAAUUCACUACCAGAUUCAAAAAGAGUGAGACCGGAGCCAAGGAAGAUCUCAUCUCAGAAGCUCAAGGAGACCACAAAUAAGAUGAUUGAAUUAGAAUAUGUCAGUUCAGAGGACGAUUGUUUUGUACUGUAAGUAGUAGCAAAGACAGAGUAGCACUACGUACCCCAGUUAUGGUUGACCUAAUAUACUCAUUAGUCAAUGAAGUGGAAGCAGAAUUCAUUCUUGGCAUCAUAGUCUAAGAUUGACACCUGAAAGAAGUAAUCUAUGUAAAAAAAACUGAACUUCUGAAGGAACUUUUUGAGAUAAAAAUUUUGAAAUUUCAAAAGGAUGAUUGUAUGUGCCACAGUUGGGGUACUAAUUUCAGUAGUAAAUUAUUCUGAAGUGUGCAUUGUGUUUU